AUGGAUCGUUCUCAAGUUGCAUCGAUUUUACAUGAACUUAAUUUAAAUGAAAAUUCUGUGGCAAACAUUUACCAUCAUGGUUCAUGGGUAUAUGGCACUAAUACACCUACAUCUGAUCGAGCCCUUAUCAUAGUCACCCGUUCAUCUGAUCAAAAACCAGUAAAAUUUCGUAAUGAUUUUGAUUAUUUUCAUGAAUUUGAAUUACAUAAAUUAUGGAAUCAAUAUGACGUUUGUGUAUAUUCAAUUGAAAAUUUUGAAACUCUUUUAGCAAACAGCUAUUUAUGUGUUGUUCAAUCUAUAUUUUUACCUAAUGAAUUUAAAAUUAAAGAAGAAAUUAAUUUUCAAUCAAUUUAUCUUGAAAAAUAUUAUAAUAAAUUUCAAUUAAAACGAGCUGUAUUUUAUGAAAUACAUCGAGAUUUUAAUUUUACUGAACAAUUGAUUCAAACACGUUCCAUACAUAAUUUUAAACGUGUUUCGCAUAUAUUUAAUCAAAUGAAAAAUAUAUGUGGUGAUCCAAUAGAUAAUUCAGAUAUGAAACGAAAACGAAGACAUAGUAAACUACAACAAUUAACGAUAUCAUCACAUUAUUAUGGUCAAUAUCCAUCAAUCGUUAAGCAUAUUGAAGAAGAAGUACACAAACAAUUUCAAGAUUUUAAUAUAAUACGUAUUAAAAUUGAGUCAUCAGUAUCGAAUGAAGGUAUUCCAAAAAGAAGUAUAGAUAAAAGAUUAUUUUGGGAUGAAACAACAAAUUAUUUCGAAUUUCAUUAUACAAUCAUGGAGAGAAAAGAUCGUAAAGGAGAUAACUUAAGCAAACUUCGAGACGUAUGCCGAUCGAAUCAUAAAUUUGAUUUACGUUUAUCACAUAAUACGCUAAAACGAUUCGAUAAUAAACAAGUAACGUACAUCGUCAAGCGAUUCACUUAG